GGCUGAGAGGGUUGUCUCCUAGCAGAGCUAUGUCCAUUUUACAAUAAUAAGUCAACGUAGAAGACAGGGACUUUGCUGUGAAAUGUGCAGGAUAUAAUCGACUUCUUUUAGAGCAAGCAGCAAACAUAAAACACCUCAUCACAGCCACAACAAUGCACUUGUCCUUAGUUUGCCUCACCAAGCCUGUUCUUCAUGGAUACUUCAGAAGUUCCUGCUCCUGGAGGGUCCGCAUUGCGUUUGCUCUCAAAGGUAUUGAAUAUGACCAGGUUCCAGUCAAUCUAAUCAAAGACGGAGGUCAGCAGCUUACUGAACAGUACAAGACAUUGAACCCCAUGCAACAAGUACCUGCAGUUGAAAUGGAUGGCAUCACCCUAUCUCAGUCACUGGCGGUGAUCCAGUACAUCGAUGAGACCAGGCCCGGGCCUCGGCUUCUCCCAGCGGACCCAAAGAAACGUGCCCAGGUUCGGAUGAUAAGUGAUCUCAUUGCCUCUGGAAUUCAGCCUCUGCAGAAUUUGCACGUGAUUCAGAAAAUCGGAGCAGAAAAGGUGCAGUGGGCUCAGCACUUCAUUGAUCGCGGCUUUCAAGCUCUUGAGCCCAUUCUGAAGCAAACAGCAGGGAAAUAUUGUGUAGGCGAUGAGAUAUCCAUGGCAGACAUCUGUCUGGUCCCACAAGUCUACAAUGCAGAGAGGUUCAAAGUGGAUGUCGAGCAGUAUCCAACUAUCAAAAGGUUAAAUCAAACCUUACUUGAAAUUGAAGCUUUCAAAGUGACCAACCCGUCUUGUCAGCCAGACACACCUGCCGAUCUGCGUGCAUAGAAAAACAACUAUGCCGCUUUAGAGACAGCCAUGCAACUACGUACAUUAUUAAAUAAAAUGCUUUGAAAAUAA